GAAGUGGUUCACAGUUCUGGUACCGGGGUUGUUUAUCAUUCAGUGGAUAUUAUUUUAGGCAACAAUGAAUUUUCUGCGGUCAUUAUUUGGUUCAGGUCGGGCAGCAAAAUACGUAAAACAAUUCGUAGGUUCAGAUCACCUAGGAAAUAAAUAUUAUGAGAUUCAAUCAAGAACAACUGCAUUUGGUGGACAGAGAAAAGCACGAAGAUUAGUAGAACUAUCAACAAAAUUCCAUGAAUACGAGCCAGAUUCAAUUCCGAUAGAGUGGGAUUCAUGGAUCAGGAGAAAAAGAGACAACCCACCGACAAUGGAAGAGGUUUUUGGUAGAGAGAAGAACACAGAAAUCAGAAAAACUCGAGCCAUGGAAGUCGACCAGCGAGACAAAGAGCUACAACAGAAGGCACGUGAAGAGGGCUUGAUAGCUGACUCGGCUCACACCAUACCAAAAGGACAUGCAUCUGCCAAAGUCUAUCAAAACAUUGAUAAGUCAUCUGAUGCUACCACAACGGGAAGCGAGUUUCAGCCAGGUGCAUGGGAGCCACCAGGAAAGAAAUAACUGUGCAUCUAUUAUGACCAAUGUUCAAUGUAUUCAGGGAUACCAGCAAAGAGACUUGAUUAUUAAAAUCAAUUGUUUUGGACACAUGGGUACCAUUACAUGCAAUUUACUACAUAGGAUGGAUGCUACAAAGAAAGUUUUGACACUACAUUUUUUGUAUUCUUUAAGACUUUUCAAAUGAUAUUUUAAAAGUUGAAUGGGGAACUUUUUGUAUGUAGAACCUUUCAAUCUAAUCUAAAGUGAGUUUAACAAAUUACGGGGAAAUUUUGAUAUGACUAAAAUACAUUUAUAUAGCAAAGUUGAACUGGUUCACUACAAAUAAUGUUGAAUU